UGUAAUUAUUUUUAUAUGGUGUAAGUACAAGCGUUUGUGAACUAAUGGUCACAUGGUAAAAAGGUUCAUUAAAAACGAACUCCGAAACUUGCAGUUUUUCUUCGUUGAUAUUUACUCUAAUUCUGAUUAUGUAUCUACACCACUGUCAUAAGACAGAACACUAAUAAUAAAAUAAACUUAGAAGCACAUGCUUACAUUGCCUGCGGAGACGGUGUAUGUGUGACCGGCUGAAUACUGUACUUGUGAUAUGGCAAUUUCAAAGAAUCAUGUUUUGAAAUUGUAUAAAACAAUGUUGCGCGAAUCCGAGAAGUUUUCUUCGUACAAUUACAGGUUAUAUGCUUUAAGACGAGUUCGGGACACGUUUAAAGAUGGUAAAUCUCUUACUGAUUCUACAGAAAUUACAGAAGCUGUUCAUAAGGCAGAAGAAACUUUAGAAAUAAUCAAACGGCAGGUUGUAGUAGGAAAUCUUUACGCAGCAGAGAAGCUUGUGAUUGAAAAGAAAGCAGAGAAGGAACUGACAUCUAGGCAAGGAAUAAGAGAGUCAUGCUUGGAUGGUGAUAGGAAUACUUAGAAUGUGAUACAUGGUCUGUGAGUUCUGCUGGCUUUGGCACACUCAGAAAUUAAACUGCGGGAUUGAUAGGCAAGGAGUAGAGGUUUGGAAUGGUGCCGUAAAAGACACUUUCAAUUAGUUCUGUACAUAUUGUAAUGAGAUUUUGAAGGGUGUGUAAUUUAAUAUCAGUUUUGUAUAUUUAGCUUGUGUAUUUCUCAUAGUUCUAAGGCUGUGUUAUUUGCACUUGUCACAUUUUACUAGGUCUUUAGAUGCAACAAAAUUCACCUGUUGCUUGUUUUGAGACCUUCUUAGGAGAUCUUGGCAAAAUUUGAAACAUGCACGAUUUAGUGUUCUUGUCAGUCUUCUGGUAUAUACAGGUUUAAAUGUGCAAACUGUUAUUGAUUUAUCCAUUAAAUUAAUGGGGAGAUAAACAUAGCAGCAAAGCUGUUACCCACUCUCUUAGUAGUUUGUCUUUUGUUCAUGGUUUUCUUAAAUUUCUGAUUUAGCAGAUUAUUUAGUGCUGAAAAUUCUUCAUGUUCUAGUUUAGUAUUUGCUAAAAAUUUAAAAUAGCAUUGGCUGAGAUCUGUAACUGUAGUGAAGCAAUCAUGAUUCAUGCCCUUUCCUUUCAACUUGGAACUGCAUGCCACGUUGCUCCAGCACAUUUAUUUUUAGGGUUACGCCUCUUAUUGCAGUAAAUAGUUCUUUGUAUUCACAGCAGCAUUGGUUGCUUUUAAAGUAUUUGUAGAUUAAUAUCUUGAAGUUUUAAUAGUUAGCACUUCAUGGUGUAAUUUAUAAAUUGUUAAUUAAUUCUGGUUGUUGAAGUAUGACUCAGUAAACAGUUGACUUGUGCUGAAACCAACUAAAUUGAUAACGCAUCCUAUGACGAACCCUCUCAUGUGUAACAGUCUGCAUUUUGGUGAUAAGAAACUGUCAGAUAUUUAUUACUCUGCUGUAAUACUUUGCCAGUCUUUAUAAUUUUAUGUUAUUGUUAUUACAUUUGUGUUCGGCUAGUUGUAUAAAGGUAACUCAAAAUUGGAUAACUAUUCCAAAAAUUGUGUUGGUACCUCUCGUACAUGCUUUUCACUCGAUGUGGCUGAGAUAUGGUCUUUGUGUGUUGUGAGAUUAUUUAUUUUUUAUAGAUUGCGAUGAAAAUUGUUUGUUGUAUUAUUAAACUUUGCAUACCGUGGUUUCAUGAUCAAAUUGUACACGUGCUUAUGCUAGACUGUUCAUGAAGCAGUUUGAGGAAAAGUAUAUGUUGUUAUUUAUAAAAUUUGUAUUUCUUGGGAGCUCUGAGAAUUUUGUUUAGGGUAAUCAGAAAAGAACUCAUUAGUUUCAGAAUUUUAAGACUUUGAGAUAAAUUAUGUUGCCCUGACUCCACUUUGUAAGAUUUUGAAAGACUGAAGUUGAAGAUAACAGAUGACCAUACCUGGCUUAGCCUGCCUCUAUAUAAAGAGGGAGGCCAUUAAUGAAGUUAUAUUUUCGAUUAUUUCAGAUUUUUAAACUUUGCGGGUUGUCCCGCUGUUGCUUCCAGGUCUUCAGUUUUUCUUUCUGUACUUUUAUAAAAAAAAAUUAUGUGUAAUUGUAAUAUGGAAUUUGAACUUGGCUAACAGCGUGACACGCUGGACCUUCCAUUAAGUAGAUGCCAUAAAUCUGAAUGUGUUGGGAAUAUAAUUCCACUAUUACUGUUAUACAUUGCCUAUGUGAAGAUGAUUAUUGAAUAUUUCUCAUUGUUGUUUGACUAAAAUUUAACAAAACAUUAGGUCUUAAAACUAAGGAGUUCUUUUACUAUAACCCAGUAUUUCAGUAUGAAAUUGCUCAAGAUAGCAGUUUAAUAAGGAUAUUGUUGAUAUACUUAAGAAUAAUGGUAUGUAUUGAAGUCUUCAUGUUUUCAGAGGAUUGUUAACUCUCUGGUGUAGGAUCACUUUAAUUGUCAACGCAAAACAGCCAUGUUUGCAUGUAACCAUUUACUUUUUAAAAAUUUCAGUGAAGGUAUUCCAUUCCUGUUGUCAUUCUGAAUUAAUAGUUUGGUCUGUUGUUCAUUGUUUGAAAAUUAAUAGUCAUGUGAGAGUACCAAAAAUCAUAGGCUAUAAUGAGCACGUGUAACGUGCUCGUUCAUGGUAAGUGAAAGAUUUAUAGAGAGUGUAAAGUGCUUAAUCCCUACACUGAAGGGUGAACAUUUGAAGUGGCCAAGUUUUCCGAUGUCUUGGAGAUCUCCGCUUCGUCCUGAAAUCUUCUAAACAUCAAUAAACUAUCACAUCACACCAGGGGGGGGAGGUUGUGAUGUUACCAUCACAAAUUUGUUGGUGUUUUACAGAAAAAGUAGGUUCACAAAAUUAAGAAAUUUUCCUGCGUACAUUUUUAAAUGAGAUUUGCCAUAUCUUGCCAAUAUUUGUAUAUAACUGGACAGUGUCAUAUUGUCAUGGCACUAUCUAGACGUAUUAAUUCAGUGAUGCUCUGUUGUUUACGCAUUUCAAUUGUUAACGUGAAAUAUUUAUUUCAUGAAAUAAAAGAUCAGAGUUUUGGCAUGAG